GUGCUUCUGCUCCAGGUAUGUUUACUGAUACACGCCCUCAUUUUGCUUAAUCUCGAUUACUGCACGCAUUCCUCUAACAGAGUGAGACAUCGCGGUUUAUAUAGACGAUCUUCCGCCCCACACGCCCAGCCUCAGCACCAGCGCAUCUCCUCUCCGCGGGGUGCCUCCUCCUUCUUUCGGCACCAGCAUCACAGGAACCCUGACAGACACACAGACGGAGGGAGGGAGGGACGAGGCCUCGGUGAUCGCGCUCCCCGCUCCAGAGCUCGAUUCCUCGCGGUCCGUUAUGUCUUUGAGCCUGCUCCCCCUCUCGCCAUGCCCGCCGCUGAACGCCACCCACCGCCGCUGCUCCUCUUCUUGCCGUCGCUGCUGCUGAUCUCCUGCCUGGAUGGGGCGGCGAGGGCAGCAGCGGCACUGGAGGAGGGCGGCGGCCUCACGGCCGGGGCCGGAGACCCGUCCGGCACCUACACCGCCGCCUCUAGCCGAGCCGCCACCCUCUCGGCUCUAUCAGCAGAGCCUCAGUUUGCCCUGAAGGUCCUGGUGAGAGAUCUGGUGACCCGCCAGCCCCUGUCGGGGGCUUCGGUGGACGUCUACGUCAACCACACCUUGAGGACUUCUGCCCAGACCGGGGAGAUGGGGGAGGUUCUGCUCUGGGUGCCGUACAGCCCGGGCCUCGGUCUGACCCUGCUGGGCAGCAUGGGAGGCUACGUGCCCAGCCUGCUCCCCUGGAGCACCAAUAAGAGACCAAUUUUCUCCUCUGUCACGUUGCUGCUGCUGCCUCACAGCCAGGGGAACAUCUGGCUGUAUGAAGACUCCGUGCUCAUCACCGGGAAGGUACCUGACAGCUCAUCCCAGCCGAUGGUGAAGUUCCCAAAGAACAUUCUCACGAUCCCGGAUAAGACCAACAUCUCUUCGGUGAUGGCGUACCUGACUGUACCACAUCCCCACCUGGCGAAGGACUGCACCAACUGCACUCCGGGCUUCAUCAGCAACAAAUCAGUUUUCAGAAGUAUUGAUCUGAAAGCCGUGGCAGCCAUCAGCGUCCUGCUGUACUCCGGUGGUGAGGAGCUACAGGUUCGAGGACCCAUCCAGAUCAGUCUGCCGCUGGGCCACCACACACACCUCAGGGCCUCUGAUACUGUGCCAGCCUGGGCCUUCAACCAGAAGACAGGUGGCUGGGAGAAUCAUGGUCUGGGAAUAGUUAAAACGGUUGGAAAUGAGCUGGUUUGGACCUACACCGCUUCCCAUCUGGGCUACUGGAUCGCCGCCCCUCUGCCUUCAUCGAGAGAUUAUCUGGGACAUGCAAACUCUUUGGAUUUCCUAUCUUACCAUACCUACCUGUUGGUAGGAAUACUGGGUGGAACUCUGGCCAUAGUGAUCGGAUUUCUGUCCCUGCUCUUGUGCCACUGUGGAGGUUCUUAUCGAGAGCCCAGGAGGAGGAGAGCACGUUUUUCCAAAUUGACGGUUGUAAAGAAAGACCAAACCACCUCCACCCACAUGGAAGAGGGCUUGUUGUUCCGAUCUGGCGACAACAGCCUCGCCACCUGCAGCAUCCAGUGCGAACCGUCAUCUACUCCAAGGCACAAAGCCAACUAUAACAUCUAUGUGGAGGAUCCAGGGACUCGUGCCACGGCACCGCUUUAUGAGAACAUCACUCCAGAUCGGAUGAAGGGUCCUCAGCCGCCACCUCACUACAUCAACAGUGAGGAGGUGUCUCGAUUAAGGGAGAAGUCGGAGCAGAACCGGGCCAACAUCAACUGCGACAACUUCUUUCAGGAUAAGCUGGUCCAUAUCUACAACCAGCCAGUGGCCAUUAUUCCCGCUCCCGAGCUCUUCAGUGCUCAGGAGCAGCAGCUACCAGGCUGCAAGUCCGCCACCUUCCCCCGCAACGGAAGUGAGUAUGAUGCUCACUCAGAGCCUGCAAGUAAAGACAGCUACACCCAGACACUACCCAAAGUUCCUCACCACCACUCACAAGGUGGGAGCAGCCCACAGCAGAGUAGCCAAGAUGAUCCCCAGCCUCUGGAGACACCCCCUCAGGGGCAAGGCCCUAACAGUGUGUGGGGACGCUACAGUAACCUCCUUGAAUCCUCCGUCUCUGUGCCUGGGACUCUUAAUGAGGCAGCUGGCAUGGAGGGCUUCAACACCGGGCACGGCGUGCCCAGUGAGUUGCAGGGGAUUUCAGAGCGCACCUUGCUGGAGCUGACACGUGGCAAGUCCUCGUCGUCUCACCCCAGAGCCUGGUUUGUCUCCUUAGACGGGAAGCCAGCAGCGCAGGUCCGCCACUCCAUCAUUGAGCUCCAGAGCCACCACCGCCCGCCAAGCAGCAACGACACCAGCCUGGACUCAGGGGUGGACAUGAACGAGCCUCAGCAAAGCAUCCGCGAGACGGAGCGUGACCGACCUUCUAUCAGGGCUUCUUCCCUGCCGCACCACAGCCGUGGCGGGCGGUACGGCGAAGAGCAGGACCUGAGCAGCAGUGAGAGCGGCACCACUGCUACCUGCACACCAGAGGACCCGUCCCUGAGGAACAUUUUAGAUGGGAGCAGUGGGGCCAUUCCAAAUAUUCCUGAAGAGCGUGAUGGGAUGGAUACAUCCAGCGCUCAGGAGGACAGUGAAUCAAGAGGUACACCACCUCCCCGGCGCCUGAGGAAGGUUAGGGAGAAGGGGAAGACGGAAAAGAGGAGCGCCAAGCACAUCCGGGAGGGCAGACCUCUGACCAAGAGAAGCUAAAGCUUCUCAGGCUCAUUUCCCCACCCAUCAGUGCUUCAGUUAAAAUCCAAAUUAAGUAAUUCAUAUGAGUUUGUGUUCACACAGGCAUUGUUGUUGUUGAGUUCUGUGAUUGUACAACUUUGCCAAAGAAUGCAUAAGCUAGCUCAAGAAAUGAAUCAGCAUCUGUGUCACGUUAUGUAGCUGCUGUUAAGACGAGUUUGUGCACCGUGUUCUCUCAUUCUCCCAAAUCUGACGAUCACCAGCGAGAUUCCUCACAGCAGAUGUCCGUGUGAACACGAUGUCCCACAGUAUCCGGUUCUGGCAUUAUAGAGGGUGCCUUCUUACUGCCUGUAAUCGUUAAAUAGGGUUACGCAAAGGUGGUGUGUUUCGAUAUUUAGUAUAAAAAAAAUCUGGUGAGUUUGCAGGAUGGACACAGAUACAGGUCAAUGUGUAGUGCACUUAUCCUCACCAUAAAUGCCUGCUGUAUAUUAAAUAAGACGAAGAAGCUUUCCCAGUCCGCAGCACUCACAUCUCGCUUUGUAUCCUACUGCCUCAUUCCACCAUAAAUGACGCUCUGGGAUUUGUUAACUAAACUGAGUGUAAGUAAAAGGAAAACGAGCUUCAGCUUUCCAACUUUUGACUGACUCCAGAACCUUUGGAUUGAAAUUUUGAUGUACAUUGUAAAGCAAAGCAAAGCUGCCAUUUUGAAGUUCAUGUCUGAAGUUUAAGGUUUUUAGCCUACAUCUGUUUUUGAAUGCAUGAAAAUGAAUGUUUUCACCGUGCGUAUGAAUAUAUGUGCAUUUUACCGUUAACAGCAAUUCAUCAUAGAUUACUUAGAGACUGAAUUGUUUUCCCAUUUAUUUCCAUUUACAGUUGUCCACAUUUAUUUGUAUGACAAAACGUGUCAAGACUUGUUUAACGGGAUUCGUAAGAGCCCAAAGAAUUAGAUUAACUAUUGGAAACAAUCAGUGGUACAGUUGCUACUUUUCUUUGAGGGAUACUGUUAUAAAUAUGCUGUUGUCACACAGUGGACAAAGUGGACUUAUUGUGCUACCUAUUAGGUUUUAAUUGAUGAGGUCAGUGUAUGUCUAAGUAACCUCUGCAAGGAAAAGUGCUGGCUUCAGUCUACUUUAAAUACUUGCUUUCAGACAGUUUUUUCUGCUGUUGGCUCUGGAUGAUGUCAGAGAGUGGGGCUGUCUUUGCCCCACCCACUUGUUGUUCAAAUCCUCUGUUUGUUAGUGGAAGCCAUUUAGAAGACAAAUAGUCUAAGAUAGGCUACUCCAGGGCUCAGUAUAAGGAAUAUUUAUUAUUUUGAUUAGGGCUGGGCGAUAUUACCCAAAAUUCAU